ACCCGCAACUGCACUAACACCACUUCAGCAUCCCGAUCAAAACCAGAAACGAACCAGCUCGAGAUCAAAGAACGCACACAAUACUUGGGCAACAUCGAUCAUCCAACUCGGAUUGAUAUAGAGAACCUGCUCGGGAAAAAAGAAGACAGAAAUGGCAGUCGCACUGGCGAUGAUUCAGAACGUCCCUCAAUACAUCUCUUCCUUCCGAGAGCAACGCUUAUCAGCCAUCCGACCGUUUUCAGAAUUCUUCGAUUAUCAGAGGAUCUCGCGCCCGAAUGAUCUGAAUGCAGCCACCUCAAGAAUCACCUACAACACUCGCCAUUUCAGCGGCAAUUAUGCCCUGAUCGUCGCCGCCUUGGCGGUCUACAGUCUGCUCACAAAUCCUCUGCUGUUGAUCUCGAUCGGCUUCUUAGUCGGUGGAUUUGGAUGCAUCCAACGUUUUGGCCCCGAUCCUAAUAUGCCAUCCGAAGGCCAAAUGGUCACCCAAAAAUCGCUCUACAUCACCCUCUUUGUCAUCGGCAUUCCGAUGCUUUGGAUCGCUGCGCCCAUCGCAACUGCCAUGUGGCUUGUGGGAUCCUCGGCGGUAACGGUCCUGGGACAUGCCUCAUUUCUUGAACCCAGUGUCGAAUCGGAAUACUCUUCGGUCCAACAAGUAUGAAGCAAAGCCCCAAUAGACCCAGACCCAGCAUCCUCCCGACUCUCUUGCUUGUACGACUUCUUUUUUUGGAUUCCAUUCUUGCCUUGCCUUGUUUUUAUAUAUUAGUUGGUUGGGUGGAUGAGACGAACAAGGGCAUGUUACAUCGGGGGUUGAUGGGUGUGUUGAAUGACAUCGGGUCGAUUUCUUUUUUUUCUUUCUUUGGCUAACUUUUUGUACGCUUUUUUUGUUGGCACAUCCAUCCUCUCAAGAUGCCCCUCACCUCUUUUUUGUUGGUUUGUUCGUCUGCACAUAACCAUAGAGUCGCCCAAAAUCUGAAAUAUUUUGCAAAUUAAUUCCAGUCAUUGGCAUCCUUUCUCUUCAUCCUGACAUUCUUUCUCUACAUCAUCCCCUUUGUCUUCACGUUGCUCUUUUGGUUGCCUGUUUGGUGCUCUGGGGCU